AUGCUUUCGGUAUCUGUCACGGGCACAUGGAAUGGAACGGAGAUGCUCUUUCCCCGUGACCCGAAGCACAUUUACGCUAAUCCGCUGAACCCAUCUAUAUGUCCAGUGCUGGCUAAAGCUAUGUUUUGGGCAACCUCAUCGUUCGAUGGUAGUGAUCUUCUAUUUCCUGGGAACAGUCAAUAUGAGCGAUUCCGCAAAUGUCUACAUCGAUUAUUCGACCGAGACGACACAGCUGAGGAGCUACGCCGGCGUGGUAUUAGCGGCGAUGACCUCGGCACCCACUCUAUGAGGAAAGGAGCCGCGACGUUCUGCGCAUCUGGCUCAACGGCAUGCCCGUCGUCGACAGCAGUACAUUUGAGAGCUGGAUGGCGAUAUGCACGUGGGACGAACUGUGUCUGGUCUCCCUCCUGA